UAUGCUGAGGGUGCGGCCCUAAAAAGACAAAAGACAAAUGCAUAAACAAACAGCCUCCAUGAUUGACUGAAUAAUGACAUUGAGUAGAUUUCAGGCCAGGAGUUUCCUAGGAUGGUUCCAAGGUUUCUGGCUUGCAAAUCAGGUGAAGUGGUGUUCCAUUCCCUGACAUAGGGGACAUCUGAUGAUGUUUAUGGGCAGAGAGAUGAAGAGAUUGAACUUGGGGUGCUGUCUGACAUGAAUGUGAGCUAUGCAAGGUGAUAUUUAAUAGGCUGGUGAUUAUAAGGAUUAGGAGGUUUAGAAGGUAGGAAUGGACUGGAGAUAAUGCUUUCAUAGUCACCAAUUAUGAAUUAAUCAUUAAAGACAUGGAUGAGUGUAUAAUAUUGCCCAAAGAGCAUGUGUAGAGUAGAAGAUAAAAGGACUAUAUGUGACAUCCAGAGGAACAGCAGGCUUUCAGGAGAGAUGAGCCCACAGAAGAGACUGAUAAGAGUGUCCAUAAAAGUGAAAAUCCUAGGGCACACAAGGUUUCAUUUUAAGAGUUCAAUGAUGUCACUUCUUUGUGAACUAGCUAUUACAGUAUUCCAUCUCCUCUGCAUCUCUGCUCUGUCCUUAGUGUAUUAAAUGGCACGCUUUGCAUUUCCAUUAGGAGAGAGGGAGAAUAAAAAGAAAAGAGUUCAUCGAAAUAGCCAGUGCAUGAUGUAUGAUUGACAUGGGUAUUGGUAUGCUUGUCCAUAACUCUGUAGGUAAAUUUUGACAGAAAGACUGGUGAAAUCUUCAAAAUGAGAAACAUUUAUCUUUUACACAAUCAUGAGAAUUUUUGAAACAAGGUCAGAGUGGGGCUGUUACAGUUCUUUCUUGUGCUACUAGUUUAAUCCCAUGAAUCACUCAUAAUUAGGAAUGAUAGUAACUUUGAAAAGUUUAUGCAAAUAUUAUACCUUACUAAUAUGUAUCCCAAAUAGUCUAAGCAGGGGAAUUAAAGUAAAAAUUUCUUGGUUAAUAGAAAUGUCUGUCAUGAAAAUUUAUACCAUUUAUGUAACACAACUGCCAAGAAAGGAUACCUUCCACCAAAAUGAAGUGACUCAUGUUUCCAGAAGCUAUUUUAUGACUGUAGAGUUCUAUUAGUUGAUUUGUUAUCUCAUUUUUAUAAGUUUAUAUUGUAACAAAUAUAAUCUCUUACCUGAUCUAACUACAGUGUCAGUAGAUUUUAAACCAGAUGAAAGUAACAUUAUAAUAAUUUCUGAUGAAUUUAGUUAUGCUGUAUUAACCUGGUAUAAAAUUCCUAAUUUUAAUAUAAAGUGAGAUAAGAAUGUUUCAAAAGGUAGUCAUAGUUAUGUUGAAAAUUAAAUUAGACAUUUUGAAAACAGAAUUGUUUGGAAGAAUAGUGGCAGUAUAUUAAAGUAGUUGUUCAAUGAAGCAGUGAUACAAGUAUAAAUUUUAGGUAGAUUCUGAUUCCAAAUCUGGAGUCUGUUCAGAUAUUUUCAGCCUCAAGUUAAAAUUUGUUUUCUUAUUGCACAUUAAGAAGAAGAAUAGAGCGUAUAUAUUUGGAGUACUAUGAAUCUAUGGCAGUUCUAGAAUUCAUGGCUGAUCUAAUUUGUACUCCUAGAUCAUUUUUCAGUAGCAGUGUUUUUUAUGUGACCUGUUACUGUUUAAUCUGUGAUUGGUAAUCUUACAUGUAAAGUACUUUAAAGUGCCUUCAAAGAGUCUUCUCAAAAGUUUUUUUUUUUUUUUUUAAGAUCUUCUGGAUUUUCUUCCUUGUUUUCAUCCAUAUUAUAAUGUUAACUACAGGGGAAUUUGUUUUUGCUUCUUUAUCAGGUUUUAUUGGGAUUUAAUAAUGCUUAUAAUGAUGGUUGGAAAUCUGGUCAUCAUACCAGUUGGAAUCACAUUCUUUACAGAACAGACAACAACACCAUGGAUUAUUUUCAAUGUGGCUUCAGAUACAGUUUUCCUUUUGGACUUGAUUAUGAAUUUCAGGACUGGGACUGUUAAUGAAGACAGUUCUGAAAUCAUCCUGGACCCUAAAGUGAUCAAGAUGAAUUAUUUAAAAAGCUGGUUUGUGGUUGACUUCAUCUCAUCAAUCCCAGUGGAUUAUAUCUUUCUCAUUGUAGAAAAAGGCAUGGAUUCAGAAGUUUACAAGACAGCCAGGGCACUUCGCAUUGUGAGGUUUACAAAAAUUCUCAGUCUCUUGCGUUUAUUACGACUCUCAAGGUUAAUUAGAUACAUACAUCAGUGGGAAGAGAUUUUCCAUAUGACUUACGAUCUCGCUAGCGCUGUGGUGAGAAUUUUUAACCUCAUCGGCAUGAUGCUGCUCCUAUGCCACUGGGAUGGCUGUCUUCAAUUUUUAGUGCCACUACUGCAGGACUUCCCACCAGAUUGCUGGGUGUCUCUAAAUGAGAUGGUUAAUGAUUCUUGGGGAAAACAGUACUCCUAUGCCCUCUUCAAAGCAAUGAGUCACAUGCUGUGCAUCGGUUAUGGUGCCCAGGCCCCCGUGAGCAUGUCUGACCUCUGGAUCACCAUGCUGAGCAUGAUUGUGGGGGCCACCUGCUAUGCCAUGUUCGUCGGCCAUGCCACGGCUCUCAUCCAGUCUUUGGAUUCCUCAAGGAGGCAAUAUCAAGAGAAGUAUAAGCAAGUGGAACAGUACAUGUCAUUCCAUAAGUUACCAGCUGAUAUGCGUCAGAAAAUACAUGAUUACUAUGAACACAGAUACCAAGGCAAAAUCUUUGAUGAGGAAAAUAUUCUCAAUGAACUCAAUGAUCCUCUGAGAGAGGAAAUAGUCAACUUCAACUGCCGAAAACUAGUGGCUACAAUGCCUCUUUUUGCUAACGCGGAUCCUAAUUUCGUGACUGCCAUGCUGAGCAAAUUGAGAUUUGAGGUGUUUCAACCUGGAGAUUACAUCAUACGAGAAGGAGCUGUGGGUAAAAAAAUGUAUUUCAUUCAACAUGGCGUUGCUGGUGUCAUCACAAAAUCCAGUAAAGAAAUGAAGCUGACAGAUGGCUCUUACUUUGGAGAGAUUUGCCUGCUGACCAAGGGACGGCGCACUGCUAGUGUUCGAGCUGAUACAUAUUGUCGUCUUUAUUCACUUUCUGUGGACAAUUUCAAUGAGGUCCUGGAGGAAUAUCCAAUGAUGAGAAGAGCCUUUGAGACAGUUGCCAUUGACCGACUAGAUCGGAUAGGAAAGAAAAAUUCAAUUCUUUUACAAAAGUUCCAGAAGGAUCUGAACACUGGUGUUUUCAACAAUCAGGAGAAUGAGAUCCUGAAGCAGAUUGUGAAACACGACAGGGAGAUGGUGCAGGCAAUCGCUCCCAUCAGUUAUCCUCAAAUGACAGCCCUGAAUUCCACCUCUUCAACUACUACUCCAACUUCUCGCAUGAGGACACAAUCUCCGCCAGUGUACACAGCUACCAGUCUGUCUCAUAGCAACCUGCAUUCCCCCAGUCCCAGCACACAGACCCCUCAACCGUCAGCCAUUCUCUCCCCCUGCUCCUACACCACUGCGGUCUGCAGCCCUCCUGUACAGAGCCCGCUAGCCACUCGAACUUUCCACUAUGCCUCCCCCACCGCUUCCCAGCUGUCACUCAUCCAGCAGCAGCAGCAGCAGCAGCAACAGGUACAGCAGUCCCAGCCACCGCAGACCCAGCAGCAGCUCCAGCAGCCACAGACACCUGGCAGCUCCACACCGAAAAAUGAAGUGCACAAGAGCACUCAGGCGCUUCACAACACCAGCCUGACCCGAGAAGUCAGGCCCCUUUCAGCCUCGCAGCCCUCGCUGCCCCAUGAGGUCUCCACCCUGAUUUCCAGACCACAUCCCACUGUGGGUGAGUCCCUGGCCUCCAUCCCUCAACCUGUGACCACUGUCCAUGGCUCGGGCCUGCAGGCAGGGGGCAGGGGCACUGUCCCCCAACGAGUCACCCUGUUCCGACAGAUGUCGUCGGGAGCCAUUCCCCCCAACCGAGGAGUCCCCCCGGCACCCCCUCCACCAGCAGCUGCUCAUCAGAGAGAGCCUUCCUCAGUCUUAAGUACAGACCCAGAGGCAGAAAAGCCACGAUUUGCUUCAAAUUUAUGAUCCCUGCUGAUUGUCAAAGCAGAAAGAAAUACUCUAAUAAACUGAGAGUAUUCUCAGAUCUUAUUUUAUUCUAUCUCCUGAUAGAUCCCUAUAGCCAACUAUGAAGAGAUAUUUUAGACAGCUUUGGCCUACAUGCAAAAUGUAAAAUAUAUAUAUAUAUAUGCUAUUAAAUCUAUAUCUAAAGAUCUCAAGAGAAGUUCAAAAGACUUGUUUAGCAUUCAGUGUUCUAUGUCUUCCUUUCUUUAAAUCAUUAAAGGAUUUAAAAUGUUGUUGUAAGAUUAUUUAUUUUUAACCUACUUUUACUUAAUUCCUUUGAUAUAUGUAUUUCUCUAUUUUAUGAAGAGUUCUUGGAUUCAAUGGAAACAAAACUCUGAUUUUAAAAAGGCAACUCAAGUGAGCUACUGAAGAGCACCAAUCAAAAUUUCUCUCAUUAGCUGUUUCUCUGCAUCUAAAUUGUUAAUCAUUGAUUAGGGAGGAUUAAAUAGCAAAUCCCAUUUUAUAGCUCUAAAUUGUAUUUUGGUGCUUUCAAUUUUGAAUUAGGUUAAAGAACACACUGUAUGCUUGGCCAUGGUAGGAAACUAGCAUUGCCAUUGUUGUGACUAUCUGGAACCUCAAACAUGUUCAUCCAUCUUUCAGAAAGCUGAGGGGAUAUUUCUCUUCAUGUGUUAUUGGACUUUUACCAAGACUCAAUCAAUGUUAGUUGUAAAUAACUUUUUCAACCCAAAUAAAAAUAGCUAUUCUGUGCUGUAUGAAGGUAAAAGUCAUCAUUUAAGAAUUUAGUUUUAUUGCUUCACUUCAAAACUUAGAGUUUUAAAUUUUACAAAACCUAAUUGUGACAAAUAUUCAACUGUAAUGCAAUGGCUUGAAACCUACAAUAUUAUUUUAACCUGCAAUGUUUUAUGCAAAAUUGUAUGCUCGAUUCUACAAGUUGCUUGUAUUGCACCAAAAAUCAUUACUUUUCUUCCUUCUUGCCAUAAUCAAGCAUCUGAAAAUAGUCCCUGCAUGCUUUUGGGAAAAACAAAUAGGUUCAAAGCAAUCAUUGUAGGGAAAGGCUUACAGUAUUUCUCAUUUCUAGAAAAGUAUAACCACUCAUUAAUUGCCUAUCUUAAAAUUCCUAUAAGGCUGACUUGGAGCUCUGACUUAAGUCUAGAAGUGAGGUUUUCACUUUCAUUUAUUAUUAUUAUUAUUAUUAUUAUUUGAAUAAUGAUUUGUAAACCACAACUUGAUUUGGAGUUGCCAGUGUGUUCUGUGUCUUCACUGUAGUUGGUAGUUUACUGUGGUGUUAAUUAAAAAAAAAUAAAUACACCAUAGCAUCAUGUCUGCUUGGGAACGCAAACUUUGCUCUAUGUGUAUUGUAACUAAAUGGUUAGUAAAUCUUAAGGCAUGUGGUGACUAACAAAGCCCUUAGAUAGAAAGUUUAUUUUAAAGUGCUGAAAAAAGUACAGACCUGGUGAUAGCAAGCAGGGGUCAGGCUGAAUGUCUAUGAGCAUUGUUUGUUUAUUUGUCUGUUUCCUUGACCUUUCCCAUGAUCAGUGAGCAUCUGCUUCUUCUCAAAGAAGUCCCUUAGAAAUCAUUUGUGCCUAACACAUCCCACAAAUGUGGUGGAUGACUGGAACACAACUGGAAGAUACCUAAUAACCAACUUCUGUAAAUAACCCAAGUUAAGAGAAUGACCUAAAGUGGAGGUCUUUUGUAUCUCUAACACUGGAGAUGCAUUUAAGAAGAACUUAAUAAAGAUCAUACAUUAAAUGGGUCAGGGCCUCCAGAGAGACUUGAGGACAGAAAACAAAAACAAAAGCAAAAACUCUAAAAUGGAUCCAUGCUGCCUGUUAUGCCUUUCUUGAGUAUAAUACCUAUAGUACCAAAAUGAGUUGUGAUGUUUAAUUUCUAACAGAUCCCAGCUUGUUUGGACGGAAUCAACAGUGCUAAUCAAUGUGGUAUUAUAAUUAACAUGCUGGUGACGUAUGAUGGUGCAUCAGGAAUGGUGUAAGAAAGGGAUUGUUCAGUCUACCUAGAACCUAUGGGGAAGCUGCAAGACCAUUUACAUAUCAGUACAAAAUUCCUUUAUUUUAUUAAAAUACUGAGAAUUAACUUCAAUUUAUUAAGAUCAUGUAUUGGUCCUUUAAAUUAUUAAAAGUUUACAUUUGAUAGGACUAAUGGGUUUGGUAGUGAAAUAUUUUUAUAUAUAUAUAUAAAUUUUUGUUUUUUUAUUUUGAGCACUAUUGGGAAACAUAGGCAAAAUUGAAUUGCAUGGUCUUUCAGUGCAACCAUAAAAUUUUUAUUCACUUUGUAAUAGAAUGGACAAAAGAAACCCUAAAAUUUAUAUGUUAAACUAAUAAAGUGGUACAGGGUAAAUUAUAUACAUAUUAUGUAUGAGUAUAUAUACUUAGGUUAAGAAAAAAAUGACUCACAUUCCUGUAAUAUAAAAGUUCAUUGCUAGUUGAAAAGUGACCUCUUUUUCUCUGUACAUAGUUAAGCCCACAAGUAUGGAGUUUUAAACUGUACAGAAAGAAAUGUAUUAUUGAAAAGACUGGUCUUUCUGCUGCUGGGAAAAUAGUAGACUAGCUGAUUCUUAUAACAACUGUAUGAUCAGGGACGAAUUAGAGUAUUUCUUUUGUCUUUGCUCAAAGCCAUACAUAUAUAAAUAUAUAUAAAGAUUAUUAAUAAAUUCAACAAAA